AGACUCUUCUCACUCAUUUCUCAUCGACCCGAGCAGAGCAGCCACUCGAUCCACAAUCCCCCUCUCCUCCCUCCCUUCCCCCCCACGCCGCCUCUCUCCCCUGCGCGAGGCGACCGGCGGAGUAGCCGGGCGAAGCAGGCGGUGGCUGCCGACCCACCCGGGGAGACGACGACUGCGACGACGGCAAGGAAGAGGCGGCGUGGUUCUUGGGGCCGGCGAUGACAUCGACCCCGCCGGCGCGAGAUCUCGACCCGGCGGCCCCGCCCACGCGAGAUCUCGCGGGACUCGCCCUCGGCGCCGAGAGAUCCCGCCGCCCGCGGCCUCGCCAUGGAGCCCACGCCGCCACGCCCUCAGGCCAAUCGCCCGACCGGCGCGGCUCCUCCUCCUCCUCGUCGUCCACCUGCAAAGAUUUCCUCCGGAAGUUCGUGGACAACGAGCUUCUGACUGCUAGCCUGGAGGACUGGUUUUCCGGCAACAGCCAGGACUGCGGUUUCAGGAAGCCGUCUUUCGAGGUCCCUUUCGACCUCACCGAGCUGCAGAGUUUCGACUAUGCUCUUGAAGGUGUUACCUUUCAGCAGCUCGUGCGGAUGCCCAACGCUCUCCAUGCCUCGACAUCGGAUGUCUUUGAAGCCACCGCGCAUCUUGCUCUGGAGGAUUUUCUGCAUGCGGGGAUCAAGGGGCUGUGGGAGGCCUUCUGGGGUCCUGAGGAAGCGAUGCCUUUCUCGGUCGCUUGUAUACACAGCACGAGCUCCAGGUUUUAUCCUGCUGAGAAGGCUAUUAGCAGUGGGAAACUCGAUGGUGUUUGCGCGACGGCUGUGCUGCUGAAGAACUCGAAGCAUUCGCAAGGAAGGUGGGAUCAUAUUGUCGUGCUGGCUUUGUUGAGACCUGAUAUUGGGAUGGUUUCUGCACAGAACGACCAGCGACCAUCUCCUGCUGUCCUGGGGGAGGCAUUGUUCUUUGCGCUUCGUGUGCUACUCUCUCGGAGCCUAAGCAGGUCCUCCACUGUCCUUCGCAAUUCAGAUUCUGUUUAUGUGCUCCUUGUUGAUUCGCAGUUUGGGGGAGUGGUAAAUGUCCAAGGUGAUCUGAACAAGUUGAAUUUCGAUUCGAACAAUGUUUAUGAGUGUGCUGCUGAAUGGAUAAAAAAGGAAGCCAAAAUUACAGUUUCUUCCGUAGAUCGAGUGUGGAACAAACUUGGUAAUGCCAACUGGGGAGACGUCGGGACCCUUCAAGUUCUCCUUGCAGUUUUCCACUCGAUGAUCCAAUUCUGUGGAGCACCAAAGUAUUCUCUUGAUGAACUAGCCACAGAGCACAGUUCCAGGCUACAGUGUCGAAGAUCAGAAAGACACUUGGUUGAUAGGCAGUCUAACAAUGGAAAUGGUCUGUUUCGAUUCCAGCAACGAAGUCAUUCCCCUGAAAUUGUGGAAGUACAGGAGGAAGGUACUGUUGAUAUAAAACCUGAGGAGAUCUUGAAGCUUGAGAUAGGGUCCAUUGUCUUGAUGGAGGACUCUAGCUGCCAGAAGAGUUUUCAGAUCAAUGAUAUUCGAACAGAAAGUGAGCCUCCUAUUUAUGGUGCUAUUCCUGUGGAAGAGCCUACCAGAUCCUAUUUGUUGUAUGUAGGUUCCAGCCCUUCUCAUCUGGAGCCAGCAUGGGAGGAUAUGAAUUCCUGGUACCAAGUUCAAAGACAGACGAAAGUACUGACCUUGAUGAAGCAAAGAGGCAUUUCUAGCAGAUACAUACCGCAGAUGGAAGCUUCUGGACGUGUAGUCCAUCCAGGCCCAUGUAACAAGCCAAACUCCAGCGGGAGUUGUGGUCAUCCAUUGUGCAGUACUCCAAUCCUUGUCACCUCACCAGUCGGUGAGACAAUUUCAAAUCUGAUACGGAACGGAUUGUUUGGUGUGGAGGACGCUCUCAGAUGUUGUCAUGACUGUUUGUCUGCUCUUGCUGCUGCAUCAUCUGCAGGAAUCCGUCACGGUGACAUACGGCCAGAGAAUGUGAUCCGUGUCAGCAAUGGUUCAAGGCCUCCAUAUUUUGUACUUAUUGGAUGGGGUCAUGCUAUACUAGAAGAUAGGGAUCGACCCUUAAUGAAUCUAUUCUUCUCAUCUACAUUUGCUCUCCAGGAAGGCAAGCUAUGUGCAGCAUCAGAUGCAGAAAGUUUAAUUUAUCUUUUAUAUUUCUCGUGCGGUGGAGUCUGCCCAGAGCUUGACUCAGUUGAAGGUGCACUUCAAUGGAGGGAAGCAUCAUGGUCAAGGAGAGUUAUACAGCAGAAAUUGGGUGACGUUGCAGCAGUGUUGAAAGCAUUUGCAGAUUAUGUUGACAGCCUUUGUGGGACCCCAUACCCAAUGGACUAUGAGAUAUGGUUGCGAAGGUUUCGUAGAACAAUCAAUGAAGAUCAUGGGAAAGAGGUUGAUACAUCAAGUUAAUGAUGCAGAAAAUGCUCUUCACAAUUGCAACCUGGAAGAUCAAGAGCAGUUAAAUCCAUACCGUGUAUUGUUGUUGUAGAUAAUUGGUAAUUUAUUGGUAGAAUUGUAGGUCUUGUGAAAGGUCCAUAGCUCACAGUACCCUUGGUCUUACUCCAAUUCAUCUGAUGGGUACCUACAAUCUGGCAACCUGCUGCUGCUCUCAACUUGGAUUUUUGACUGUAUUACCCUCUCACAAGAAUGCAGUGGAGAUCCUUGAGGAUAUCGGCAACAGGAUUAUUUUGGAAAUGUUCAAAGUUGGCAAGCCAUGCUUUGGCUUAUCUCAGAGAUUCUGUGUUCAUUCUACUCGUUCUGGCUGAUUAUAUCAACGAUUCGAUCCUGAUCAGUGUCUAAAAUGUUAAACUUUAAAGUGGUAGAUCACAAGUGUGUGGUAUAGUGGAUCAAUUUUUUUGCUCGCUUUUCUUUUAGAUAUUGCUCCAGAAUGGAUUUGUGAAUUGUGAUUAGAGGCGGUGUACUGGUGCGGCAUAGUUAGUAGCAGUCUGUUCUGACUAAAUUAAUUUUUUGGUGAGGGGAGGUGCAACUGUCAGAUGCAUCCAGUUCAUGUAAAUGUUGGUCAUGUUCAGUUGUUCCAAACUCCUGUCCUGCAAUUGCUGGGUGUUGAUUUGUGUGAUAAUCCUCACUUGGCCCAUCCCAUGCAUGGAGAAAUAUUCUUGUGAUAGUGGUAUGAAUCAUUUCUUUGCACCA